CCCCGCCCUGCUGAGGGGGUGGGGAGAUAUCACUCUGGCCAGCUUCGGAAAACAGGUGGUGUUUCCUCUUCAAGGGGCGGAGCGGUGCUUGCCCCCUAUAAGCCGCGGCGCACCGCCGCUGGGCUCAGUGGGGCAGUGAGCUCGCGGGGAACGGCGGCCGGGGGGUAUGCGCUCUCAGAAAGGCGGUAGAGGAGACAGAAGCGCGGUCCCACCCCAGACAGUGAAGAAGCUUCUGGAGCAGAAGAGACGGCAGCAGACAGCACUGGGCUAUGCAGCCAGCUCUCAGGUCCCAUCAGAUGUCAUUGACUCUUCUCAGACAGAUGAUUGCCCGGAGCCCAUGGGGCUGGGAAGGGGAUCUGGGGGGGAAUCUGCUCCUGGGCCCCCCCUGGCUCCCUACCCACCCUGGCAGGUCGACCCCUCAUGCCAUGCGGCCUUCCCCGACUGUCACUAUCACUGCUCGGCCGUGGCCAGCAGCUACCAGCCCCCAGGACCCACGUACGAGGCAACAGACUCCUACGCCUCUGUGGGGACCGGGGUGUUUGGAGCAGGUGAUCCCUACAGCACCAUGAUGGCAGCCACGGGGGACUUGGAGGUCCCUGUACCACCCCCCUUACUGGGCCUGUUCCCAACUCCACAGGCAUCCUCUGCCCCCUGGAUGCAGCCCACCCGGAGCACCCCCUAUUCUGACCCCCUAGAGCUGGGCAGCUUUGUGGACCCAGUUGGGGUGCUGGAUCCUGGGGACCUGACCAGGGCCCGAGCCGAGAUCCGGAGCAUGGACCCGGUGCGGCUGCUGCAUCAGGAUGAAGAUGGGGACACGAUUCUACACCUGCUGGCUGCCCGGGGGCUGCGUCACUUUGCCCAGGCAGCUGCCGAGGCCUUCAAGGAGUGCGGGCAGCUGGAGAUAAAGGAACACAAGGGCAAGACCCCACUGCUAGUGGCUGCCACGGCAAACCAGGCCGAGCUCGUGCGGGACCUGCUGGUGCUGGGAGCUGAUGCCAAUGCCGCUGACCACAAGGGCCAGACACUGCUGCACUUGGCGGCCACCUACGGGUUCCCCAACGUCCUCAUGGCCGUGAUGGCGUCUGGGGUCCCUGUCAACGUGGAGGCUAGGAACUUUGAAGGCCAGACCCCUCUGCACUGUGCGGUGAUCUCCCACAACAAGGCCUUGCAGGCACUGGGUGUUGGGACCCCAACCCCAGAGCGGCUGCAGGACAUGCUGGCCUGCAUCCAGGCCCUGCUGCACAUGGGGGCAGACUAUACAAGCCAGGACAUAAAGAGCAGCAAGACGGUUCUGCACCUGGCCGUGCAGGAUGGGAACCUGUCGCUGGUUCAAUUCUUCCUGCAGCUGCCUGGUCCGCGGCAAUUCGUCAACAUGAAGGCCCAUGGGAACACAGCCCUGCACAUGGCCACAGCCCUGCCGGGCCCGCCCUGCCAGGAGAGCCUCGUGCGGCUGCUGCUGAGCCGGGGGGCUGACCCCAGCGCCCGCAACCUGGAGAACGAACAGCCAGCCCAUCUACUGCCCCCCGGGCCCAGGGGAGACCAGCUGCGCCUCUUGUUGAAGAGCCGGCGCCCGCCCCCUGGCGCUGCCCGCCGUCCCACCCAGCCCCCCUAGACCCAUGGCCGCCAAAGGAAGUGGGCAGUGGGGGACUCGUCUGGUGCCGCUCAGUGAAGCAGGGUGGGGGGAGAGGAUUUGGAAUUUCUCUGGAACAUUGUCUAUAAUAUUUUCUGUAUUUAACUAACUUAUUGUAUGAGGGCCCUCCGGACGCCUGGGUUCUCCAAGUCCCCUGCUCCCUUGUUGCUUGGACCCCCACUGGGUCUCACAGCAGCACGCAGCAUGGCCAACCAGAUGCCUGGGUCCACUGCUGCCUGCCAUAUGGGGCUGCAACACUUGGGGGCCGAGCCCCUUGCCUUCCCCCUCUUGGGGCUGGGUGUGUAACUGCCCCCUACUGGACUGAUGGGUGGGCAGCAUGUGCUUGUGUCGAUGCAGUGGGUGGCAACUGAGGGUAAGGCCAGGGGCAGCGCCAGCUCUAAACCCCUAGACCCCACUUCCCCCCCCAGAGCUGGGCGUAGAACCCAGGCGUCCUGGUUGUAGCAGCCUCCUUCCCACCCACCCCACAGGGAGGGAGGUUGGUUGGCCCCAUUAACCUUUUUUCUCUGCUGAGCAUUGACUCAGCCCAAAUUUCUAUCUGGGGGCAGCCCUACACCCCCUCUUGUGAUGUGUUCCCCACAUAUUGCUGGGGGGGGUGGCAGAGGGUCCUGUGUUAAUUUCAGCCCCAGGGAUGGCUGGGGGAGACCCCCUGAUUUCUAUGAAAUCAUGUCUCAGUUGGGAAUUGAACCCAGGUGUCCAGCCCCACCGAGGGAGGGAUGGAGGGGGGGGGAACUACCCCCCCGCUUCAGUCAUAUCAUUUCUGUGAAAUGAAUUCUUAUGAACCACAGUGGUUCACAUAGAGGGGAGGGAGAGUGAAGCAGUGUGUGGGGCGGACCUAGGUGUCCGACUGGCCUUUGACCCACACCCUGUGUCUGCCCCUACCCUCCACAUUAUCACAGCGCCACAUCCCCAAACAGGCUUGAGUGACUGUGAUAAGGGUGAUGGCACGGCGGUGCCCCCUUCAGACAGCAAGCAGAACUGCUGCCUGUUUCAUAGCUCCUGUACUACCAAGGGCCAUUGUCCUUGGGAGGCAGCGGGCUGGGGUCCAGCGCUGCUAUUAUUACCCCCUCCCACAAAGGGGGGUCCCAAGUUUGUUCCCUUGUUGGAACAUGAGAUGUUUCAUUGAGAAAUAAGAUGUAGUGCUUCUUGCCUGUUCAAACUUCCCGCACAGCAUCUGUGUUACUGGAAACCUGUAGGCCAGAUACCCUGGUUCAACUUAUAGCUGGGCCUAGUGGCUCUGCCUCAGCACUGGGCACACUGUUAUAUGUAGCUGUUCCCUGGCUGCCCCACCCCAGAGGUGGCUGCAUCUCAGUGCAAGUCCCCUGAGCUCUGACUAUCCAAGGUGGAGAAGGGCAGACUGUAAGCUCCUUGAGGGGCAGGACUGUAUUUUUUUUGUUUGUACAGCCCUUGGCACCAUGUGGGGUGGGACUGUUACUAGAACUCCUGCCAGCUGCCGCGAGGGAACUAAGACAACUGCUUGUCCAGAGCCAGGGGGAAUCAAUGGGCCCUCCUAGCUAAACCCCUUUUCCUUUUCCGCCCCCCCCCCCUUCCCAGUGACAGCCAGGGCUGUUGUGGCUCUAGGCAGCCUAAUGCUGGGGCAUUGGGGCCAGCCCUGCCUGUUGGGGGAGGGUGUCCCUUAUCCAAGACCCCUUUUCACCUGUCUGGGGAUAAACAUUAGAACUGCUCCCCUUAACCCAACAGCUUCCCUCCCCAUGGUGACUCCUGUUCCUAGUGCCCUUAGUAGCCCCCAGCGAGCCAGCAACAACCCCACGGGGGCAGAGAUCCUAGCCCCACCCUUGGGGGCAGGGAGAAAACUUCGGUCUGGGAGGUUACAUCUCCCACAAGCCAGCCGGGGCGGGCAGGCGCACCUGGGCAGGUGCCUGUUGCUUUGUAUUAGGUGGGGGGAAGCCAGACUGAGGUGUUGGCCCGAGGGGCUCCUGACCCCGAAAGGGGGCUCCUAGACACCCCCAAAUAAUAAAUGGCUAUUGACAUCCUU